GUUUGAAUGCGCUGAAGCUGAAGCUGGCCGCUCCAAAAGCCUGCCGUCAUGCCGUUCCAUGAUGAUGACCAAGUGGACCCUGAGACUCCGCAGAUCGGAGGGACCGACCCGGGUGGGGAGGUGCAAAGGAGGAUCACCCAGGCUGCGAGACAUGCAGCAGAGAAGGCCAACGACUCCGAAGCCCUGAGCUGGUUCAGCCAAUGGGUUUGUCACAAAGACGGUGCUACAGCUUUGCAUCGUGCGGCUGCAGAAGGCAACACCGUUGUGGUGAUGGCACUCCUGGACGCCCGGGCCAAUGUGAACGCCACCAAUCGAGCGGGUGCCACACCCUUGCACUGUGCCGUGGGCAGCGAGGGCGAUGGUCCAGGUGUGGUGGCUGAGCUUCUGAAGAACAAGGCAGAUGUCCAUGCCAGGACCAAUGAUGGUUUGACAGCGUGGCAGAUCGCUGAGAAGUUUCCGCAGCGACUUCAUCUUGCACAAGUGCUGCAGGUUGAAGAUUCAGUCCGCCAGGGUGAUGAAAGAUUGUGCCAGGAGGAGGAUGUACCACUUGCGCCAGCAAGAGCCAAAGGUCCAAGCCCCUUGGGCAUCCUCCCGUGGCUGCCACCGCACCUGCCACACAACGAAUUGAAGGCUCCUGAGGAUCAAACGCCUGAGAAGCUGACCACCGCAGACCCGGAGACCUUGGAAGCCGCACGAGAUGGUGAUGGAGAUACACAGGCCAACUGUUGGGACCUUCAAGCAGAGAAGAAGAUCUUCGCUACUGCCAGGGCCGCGGCCCAGGAGGCCGAGGAUGUUGAAGCGUUGAAGUGGUUCGAAGAAUACGGAGAUUGGAACUACGUGUGGUGCACUGCUCUACACCAGGCUGCUGGUGAUGGCGCCCUGCAAGCCGUGGAAUUUUUGCUGAAAAGUGGGGCGGACAAAGAUGCUACAGAUCGGGACUGGGGAAAGACGCCUCGCGACCGGGCAGUGGAAUUCGGCCAUGCAGAUGUGGUAGCAACAUUGUUGAGAGCCAAGGCAGACGGUCGAUGCCCACAGCAGCUGGCCAUGAACGAUUCCAAUCUCUGUGUGAUCCAAGAGUUCUGCCGCGCUGGAGCCGGUGACCUGCACUUGUUAACUUGGCUAAUCCGCACUGAAGGCCCUGAUGCCGUUGACGCCUUAGAGGCUUGGAUGCAGAAAGCCGAGAUGCGAAGCGCGGAGGACUCCUCCGGGGCGGUCCGAAGCUUGAAGCGCGCUCACCUUCGAGAACGGCUCCGAGUGAUUCUGGCACCUGUGUGGUUCGACCGUCACAGGGGUCGACAUGUUCUUCAGGCUCCAGAAAAUUAUGCCAACCUUGAAGACCAGAACCUCUUCUUUGCACCAGAAGUGCAAGUGAACCUUUGUGUUUUGCCUGGCCUAUGUGCAAGGGACGCAUGUAGCCAUGAUUUGCUUGAGGCCUUGGAAGAAACUGCCAACGAGGGUGUUUUGCAGACAGAUGUGGUCGAAGCCAUCGUGUCGGCGGCCUGGAUGCAAAUGCGGAUGGCCACAGCAUGGGAUAUUUUUUGCAGCCUUCUGACCGUGGCUUUGCUUUGCCAUGCUUCCUACACCUUGCGGCAUGGCCAGCCUGAGUCCACAGGCUCGUUGAUGUUCAUUGCAGUGCUGCACGGGCAAAAGACCAUCGAGGAACUCAUUCAGCAUCUUUCUUUCUCCUUUCGGAGGUAUCGUGUAAAGCUUUUCGAGUUUGACAACCUGGCAGACGCGUGCUACAUUGCCAUUGGCUGGUUGGCUGUCUACCGACAAGUACUGGUAGACCCCAGCCAACUAGAGAAGCCUUUUAUGGCAAUAUUCAGCGCAAUGUCUUGGCUCCGCGCAUUGUACAGCUUUCGCGGCGAAAUUUGGAUGGGACCCCGCUUGUUGCCAAUUCUUUCAGCCCUCAAAGACACUUCGGCCUUCUUCCUGGUCACGUGCACAUGCAUUCUCGCUGCCACACAUGCCUACUACAACCUGCAACUGAGGGAAGAACCAACUCCCACCUAUGCUGCAUUCUUGCAAGUGAUACGCUUGGGUAUCUUUGGAGAUUUCGACCUUUAUGAAUUCGAAGGUGUGGACCCAACGUACAAGUUCAACAGAGAUUCUGACGAAUGGGAACCAGUAGAUCCGGAUCCAACACCGGACUAUGUCUGGGCACAUGCCGUCUUCUAUUUCACAGGGGUUGGAAUCACGAUCUUGUUGAUGAAUUUGUUGAUUGGUGUGUUGGGGCAGAACUUUGAGCUCUACCAGGACCAAAGUGCUUUGCUUUUCCAACGAGCUCGGGCCAAAAUGCUGCUUGAAAUCAAGGCCCGCCCUUGGAGGCGCAUUGGAAGCGGGUUCAUCAAGAUGAUCCGACAGAUAUGGCUUUCUGAAUUUCGAUAUGGCUUUCUAUUUCUGUGGCUGGGUGCCAGUAUCCUCUUGAUGGUAUUCCUGCCUUUCUUGAUCACCUUGGGCACAUGUGUCAUCUUCAUUGCAGUCACGUGCCGCAUUGUCUUCCAGAUACAAUUGAGUGGCAUCUACUACUCCACAGCAGUUGCACUGGGCUACUACGGCCCUCAGGCCAACGCAAAGGCGGACGAGAGCUGGAUUUGGGUGUUGGUUCGUCCGGAGCGGCCCCUGGAGGACAUGAGGAGCCUCCGCACUGAGCUCAGGAGCCAACUAGAGAGCAAGUUCAGCGAAGUGAACUCCACACAGAAGAAGUUGGAGACUUCGAAUGUGGAACAGAAACAGAAGCUGAAUGGAGUGGAAGAGAAAUUGCUGAAUAUGGAGAAGGCGUUGGAGGCAUCGGGUUCAGAGCAAAAGGCAAAGCUGGAUGGAGUUGAAGCGAAGUUGUUGCGCAUGGAGACACUUGACUUGUGAAAAACCAAUGUUUUAUUUUUAAUGCCGUUUAUGGGAGAGAUGGGGUUAUUGCAGGACAGAGUGUUACUGCGAAACCGAUUAUAAUUCUCUUCAUUUGAGGGCAUGGGGAAUAGACUCGACUGAAAAACGCCAGGUGUCAAGGGGCGACCCCAACCUUGACCCUAGCAAGAAGCUACUAGGAGCAAAGGGCAUCGCUAUUGACCCUAGCCCCAAGGAGCCAUCUUGAGAGAUUGAUGGCCUUGACGGAGAAACUGGUGGAUGCGCCACCGGCCACAUGAGAGGUCCCGCUCGGCCAAAUGGCCUGAAUGGGUUGAAAGGCGCUCAGUGGUUUGAUCCGCGGCCAUGACAUGGUGUCCUCAACGUUUGAUGUACACCCGUGGCCAAGGAUGCCGCUGAUGUGAGCCACAGCGUGUGGUGAGUUGUUGACCCAAAAGGGCGUGUUUGUGCGCUUACAUGGCUGAGUGUAGUGACUUUAGUCAGCACCUAGCACAGCAGAAAAGCAAUAUCUUUCCUGUGAA